AUGACGGCGCGACCCCACGAGGCCCUGCGCCGGGAGAGGAGCCUCGCUCGCGGGGCGGUCUCUGCGGAGGCUCAGCAAGAAGACAACGAGGCGGAAGACAGCGAAGACGCGAACGCCGCAGGUCGCAGAGAAGCCUCUUGCGACACCGCUGAUGCGCGUCCGACUGCGGAGCCGAGAGACGAGCGCAGCGAGGUAGAGGGUUCCCGAAACUUCAAAGACCGCGAGCGAAGAGGGCAGCUGGGCAAAGGUUCCGGAGAGCUGUCGCUUCGACGAGAAAGCGAAAAGAGGAGUGGAGGCAGCAUGGAGCCCAGUGGCGGCAAGGCCCGCAGGGCGAGGGAGAGAGAGCGGAGGAAGACGAGGGACCGCGGGCGGAAGCGCAAGGUGGCAUCUUCACCGCUCGAGCGACGCCGCGCACCUCCCGUUCUCUACAGCACUCAGGGCCUUUCCACGGCGACCGCGACGCGGAGAAUUAUCGAGGCUGUCGAGGCGCUCGUCCGCGAGUUCCGCGGCGCGGACAGGGGCCUCGGCGGGAAGAGAGGCCCCCGGGCCUCGGCGCCCGCAGGGUCGUGCGGCGGACGCUGGGGGGCGUCGCUCGCGCGCGUCGUCUCUGCGCUGCCUGCCGCGGAGACAGGCAUCGCCGUCUGCGCCUUGACUGCCUCGGCGGCUAUGACCCUCGUGUGCAUUCUGCUGAAGCACUCUCACGGGGCGACGGUGUCGCUCGCGCGAUUCGUCUUUUUCCUGCCGCUUGUCGUCCUCGCCGCUUGGCUUGCCUACCGCAGCCGCACCAUUGAGCACCUGCGCGCGGUGUCGAAGCUUCAAGAGGCGCUGGAUGACUUCAAACAGCAGACGGGAUUUGCCUGCCUGUCUGCAAUGCCGUGGUCCGCGACCCUGUGUUCGCCUCCGCCCAUUUCGCUCGCGGCGCCGCAGGCCUUUUCGCCUUCGUCGUCGUCGGCGCUCUCGGGCCUAGGCGCGCGGGGCCUGCGCUGCCCGAAGGGGCUUCCUUUCGCGGCGCCCUCGGCCGCGCCGGCGGCGCAGGCUCACGCGCGUCCGCAGGACGUGGUGACUUGCUCUGCGAGCGGCCUGGGCGGCGCCCACGAACCGGACUACGCGCGUCUCUCGCCUGCCCAGAUCUUCGCCGGCCUGCGGGAGCUCGUCGCCGAUCCCGACGCCGGACCGCUGCGCGGCGCCCGCCUAGGCGCCGACGCGGCGGCGGCGCAGGCAGGGGCGUUCGCGGCCUCCGCGCGCGGAUUCUCGCGGGCGGCGUCCUUCGGCGGCGCGCGAGACGCCGACGCGGCAGAAGCCGCCCAGCGGCCCGUGCCUGAGGGAGACAGGCACCGCCAGGCGGGCGAGGAGGAGGCGCGUGUCCUCCACGAAUCUCCGCUGCCUGCCGCCUCGCUCGUCGCCGUCCUCCGCGACGCCCAGUGGACCACCAUCCCGCGAAACAUGCUUGCCGCCGGCGACAUCUUCAAGUUGCGCGCGGGCGACCCGCUGCCCUGCGACGCCGUUCGCGUGGUGCCUUCGUUCCUCGUCUCGCGGCGGCGAUCGCGGCGGAGGCCGGCCGUUCGCCCGUCUUCAUCUUCGCCCCCUCGUUGCGGCUCCCCGUCCUCUCCGCGGAAGAAGAGUCCGAAGGGGGAGCAUCCUGCGCGCGAGGGCAAGUCGGUGUCGCAGCCCGCCGCCUCGCCCUCGGCGCUCCACUCGCCGUCUGCAUCGAGGGCAGAUGACGCGAAGGCCACGCCGCGGCGGCGCGCGUCCUUCGCGUCGGCCGCGGGGUCGCCCGAAGGCCCUCCGCGCCGACGGUCGCGGCGCGAGUCUCUCUCGUUCCGCGGGCGCAAGUCGGGCGCCGCGCCGGGCCUAGAGGCCGCCAACGGAGACGCGGGUGGGGCCGCCUGGGCGCCGUCGCGGCGCCGUCCCUCCUCGCUGCCUCCGCCUUCGCUUUCCUCCUCAUCCGCCUCCUCGCCGGCGCGCGCCGCGCCUCCGCGUCCGCCGAAGCUCGUUCUGCGGCCGCUGCUCGCUCGCGGCGUCUACCGAGCGGGCGCAGUCUUCUCGCCAGUCUCCCGCAGCCCGCCGCCACCGUUCUCGCCUGCGGCCUCGACUGAAGGGCUCGACUUCUCCGGUUCCAUGCGGUCUCCGCCUUCGGCCUCGCCGACGCGCCUCGGCGCCCCCGCGUCUCCUGCUGCGUCUCCGUCUGUCGCCCCCUCGGGGGGCGACGGCUGCGCGGACGACGCAACCCCGCGCGCGCGUUCGGCGGGAUCCUCGCCGACGUCUCCCUUCUUCGCGCUGAAAGCGUCCAUGUUUCUCUCGCGGCCGCGGCGCGCGGAGCUUGCCGUCCUUCGCCUGCGCAGCCGCGGCGCGUCCGCCGCACUCGCGACGGAUGCAGCCGCCGGCGAGCCCGCCGCCUGUGUCGGUGGAGCGCCCUGCCGUCGAGCGUCCCCUUCGCGGCGCAGGGCGCGCGAGGCGCCUGAGGAGGGCCUUGACGAAGAGCUCCGCCGACAGACGCGGAGCAAGCGGCGAGAGAGACUCGAGGUGGAGACGGGCGAGGACGGAGAUGUCGCACGCGUCCUCAGGCACGCGCGCGGCCACAGGCGCGACCGACGGCGGCGCGGAGACAAAGAGGAGGCGCGGCUGCGAAGAGCCGAACGCGAACGACGGCGCGCAGUCAGCCGCGAGACCGACGGCAAGGGAGAAGGAAGGAGAAAGAGGGAAAAGGAGAGCCGGCGACGAGCUCGCGCGGCCCCCAGUUCGCGCGCGCGCGCGAGGCGAAGCGGACGAGGCGAAGACACACUCAGCGAUCACGGCAGGCGACGGCUUGCCGUCCCGCACGCGUGGACGAACGACGGGAGAGAAGACUCGCGCGGGCUUCAUCGGCGCGCGGAGGCGUCGGCGAGUCGCGGGCGCUUCUCGCGCGUCGUUGCAGACGCGUACGGGCCGCGCGGGAGGGAGGCUGCGCCAAAACACCGCGACCUCUGGAUGGAUUUAGCCCAACACGAAACGCAGUGUCCGCGGCGUGCAGACAGCCGCCUCCGUGGCGAGGCUCUCCACUCGCGGCCGCCGCCAGAUGUGCCGUCUAGCGACGCCGUCGUCGCCGCUGCGGAGAGCGACCCAGAGGCCCCAGAGUCUUCGUCGUGCGGAGACCGUCAACGCAUCUCUCCAUUGCGCGGACGACACCGGCAGAGGCCUUUUGUCUCCCCUCACUCGCCGCCGCCCCCCACACCGCCGUCGGCGUCUGCAUGCGCUGCACCUGGCGCAUGUUCGCCCGCUUUCCCUCCUCUGUCUCCCGAAAGUUCCUCCGCUUUUCUUCGCGCUCCUUUCGACUUUUAUUCCGCCGUUCCGCCUUGUCCCCCAGGGGCUUCCUCCGGGUCGCAGAGCCCCGCGGCGACCAGUCCCCGCAGCAGAGACGCGCGGCUGCAAACGUUCAGGCUGAUGCGGCUCUUCGCGUCGUCGCCCUCGCUCGCUGCCGCGCGCCCGCUUGAUAGCAACGCCGAGGAGGAAGCCGCCCUUCUUGCCACGGCCGCCGCGGAGGCAGCCCAAGGCGCAGGCGACGCAGAUCGCGAGGGCGACGCCAGCGAUAGGGACGAGGCGUUUGAGGACGCCAGCGACUCCGAGUUCAUCGAAGUUUGCCAGGUUGCGCCUGAACUCGCGUCCGCGACGUUUGUGGCGCUGCGGACGUCGUGUGUGGGCACGCUUCGAACCUUCCUCGAGGCGAGUCUGCGGAACCCCGAUUCGUCCCGAAGUCGCGCAAAAGUCCCUUUCUUCGAUACUGCAGACCUCGUCAGCCGCCGCGUCGCCCUCGUCUGGUUUAUCGCAUGCGCCGUGUGCAUCUGUGCCGUCAUCUUCUGGGACGUCGUCGGUUCCUCCGGCGCCGAGUCCAUCCCCGUUGGGCUCCGCAUCGCGCGUUGGCACCUGCCGAUCAACGUCACAGUCUGCAUGCUCAUGGCUUGGCCGCGAAUUCUCGGCGAGCUGACCGACAUCUGGGGCAAUGCGAGGCUCCAGUCGCUCUUCCAGGAGGCGCACUUUCGCGCGCGGCAGGACGCCUGCGUGGACGUGGAGGGCGAGGGGCGGAAGUGCCGGUCGAUCUCCUCGUCUUCGUGGACUUCCGAUACCUCCUCGAACGCCUCGCCUGUCUCCUCCACGGUCUCCGUCUCCAACGUGCCUCUGAGCAAGCAAAUCAAAGAGCUUAUCUACAUCUUCAAACGCGGGCUGGACGGGUCAUCGAAUCUGCUGCACAUCAUGAACAGCACGACCGUUCUCUGUUUCGUGGACAAGGAUGGCAUCCUCGUGGACGCGUGUCGCACGAUCCAGGAGAUCGCCAUUGGCGCGACAACCCACGCAGGGGGCGGGGGAGUCUCCGAGCCCCUGCCCUGUCUCUCGCCUGGCCGCCGCCCGUCGCUGGCUUGCCGCGGCGCGCCGCGAGACCGCGACGCGGAGGCCGAAGCGGAGGCGGAGGUGGAGACUCGCGGCGACGCGCAGAACUCCCUCCAGCCCUCGCCGUCUCUGCUGUCUGACGCGCCGCCGGACGUGGCCCUCGACGCAGACUUUGCCUUCAGCUUCCACGCCGAGGACGCAGUCCGCGCCGCCUUCCGCGCGUCUUCGCCGAGCGCGCCCUCGCACUCCGAUGCAGAAGCAAGUCGCUCUCCCGCGGUUGAGACGCCGAGACGCGAGCGCCCCAGGUCGAGCGCGAUCUCACGCAGAUCCGAGGCACUCGGCGCCGCGAAGCCGCGCGUCGAGGGCGACGACGACCCCGCGCAGGGCUUGGCGUGGGUCGGCGCCCAUCCGGCGCCAGGCCGAGUAGCCGGAGGCGACAGAACGGUCGCGUCGCCCUCGGCUCGCCCCUCAACGUGUGCAGCAGGCGCGGAGGAAAACAAGGGCGGCGGCGCGGGGGCGGACGCGGACGAGCCUGGGGGCGAGGGGAGGAGCGCCUCUCCGCGUCGUCGCUUUUUCCGGCCGUUACUUCUUGGCAAACGAGGCAGAGGCGAUGCCGGCCGCCGCGGGGCCCUCCCAGUCUUGUCGCCGGCGUCCUACCGCGGACAUGCGGAAGGCGAAGUUCUCUCACCUUCGUCUGCCUUCUCACCCGAAGCCUCGCCCUCCUGCUCGUCGCCGCCGCGCCUGCCCUCCUCGCCUGCGCCGUCCUCCUUGACCGCGUCACUCUCUUCUCCGAAUACAAGCCGAGGGCAGAAGCACUGGCGGGCCAGAGGCAAACGGGAGGAGGCGUCGGGACGAAGGUACGAUGAGCGUGACGCGGAUGAUGGCGCAGCAGCAGAAAGUGCGGAGGAGGCGAGAGCGAUGCAACAGCGGAGGCGGAGACGGGCGAGCAGCGACGAUGGACGGCCGUGGCUGGUUGGAGAACGCGCUGAGAGGGAGGAGAGGCGAGAAGAUGAGAGCGAAGAAGAAAGAGGAUGCGUGCUUGACGAGGAGUUUUUCGCGCUCGGCGACGCCUUCGUGGCUUUCGACAUCGGACACGACGAAGAAGGCCGAGAAGAGGCUUUGCAAGAGGCUGAGGAGGCCCUGAGAGAAGCGGAGGCGCUGCGAGAAGAGGCGUUUAGAGAAGAGGAAGAAGAAGAGGCCCUGCGAGAGGAAGAAGAAGCCUUUAGAGAAGAAGAAGAGGCCCUGAGAGAGGAGGAAGAAGACGAAGCUUUGCGCGACGAAGAGGAGGCCUUCAGAGAAGAGGAAGAAGCGCUAAGAGAGGAGGAAGAAGAGGCGCUGCGAGAUGAAGAGGCAGCUUUGACUGAGGAAGACGAGGUUUAUGGCCGCGACCAGCGAGGAGAUGAUGCUGAGAUAGAGCGGGAGGAAGACACUCGGCCUGUCACAGAAUUUCGCAAAAUCGUCCUCGAUCUCAUGAACGACGACGAAUGCGAUGCCGGCCUCCGCUUCGAAAAUGACUCCUGGAUUGAGUACACCACACAGAUCAAGCCCCUGGCACUGGCGAUGGCGCUCACGCAGCUGCCGCGUCCGAUUCGAAAAAGCUUCGCGGAUCCAAGCUGGCUGUUUGCCCUUUACGUCCAAGACCUGUUUCUGCCGCAUCCAGAUCGCCAGGUUGCGCACGCGGAGCUCCUCGACUGUCAGUGCAGCUUGGCGCGGAUUGUCGGCAUGCCCGAAAUCUUCUUCCAGAAUUUCCUCCCUCUCCGCUUCGCUUUGGCAGUUCAGCCGUCGCCUCCGCAGCGGCCUGCGCCUGCGCCGGGCCGGGCGAGUCUCUCCUCGCGGUUGUCGCCGCCCUCGCCGCCCUCGCCGCGCUCGGCGUCCGCGCGACGAGCGCCGCCGUCUGCGUUUUCGCUUCUGUGCGGCCUUCGCAAGCGGAAACCGGAGUAUCUCGCGGCGCAGCGCCUGCGUGAGGAACCUCAGCCGCCGGCGAGCGAAGAAGAAAACGCCGGCAGUCAGGGCGACGACGAGGGCAGCCGCGGCGAAGACGCGCGAGACGACAGCGACGCCGAGCUCACGCCGGAGGCGCACGCGGUUGCGUCGGAGGCGUGCGCGGUCGCUGGCGGCGGAGUGCGCGCGGCAUGCGGCGGCGCGGAGUCGGCUGUGGAGAAGCUGAGACGGCGAAGGGCGUCGCGGAAUCUCGGCAUUCGGCGCGUCACGUGGGCGGACGGGCCGCGCCGCCAAAACGAAUCUUCGCGAAGACACUCGAGCCCGAAAGACACCUGCGAAGCGGAGACAGACGCCGACGACGAGCUCGACGCCGGCGGCGCCGGACGUCCGCGAACGCCUACUUCGCGCAGCCGCAGCUCUCCGGCGUUUCAGCCGUCGCCGGUGUGCGCGGCUCGUCUGCCGUGGCCUCUUUCGCCCUCUCGCUCUGUCUCUGGGCGCCGGCGAAGUAUUCUCGACGCGCCGGAGGUGCCUGUGCUCGCCCACGAGGUUCGCGACCGCGUGAGGCUCCUGGCGGACUCCGCCGCGGACGUGCCAGCGCCUUGUUUCCGCGUCCUGGCGAGCCACGCGGCGGAGAGCCGUGACGCCCGCGGCUCGCCGGCCUCGCUGACGGAUGACGCGGAGACGGAGAGGGACGAGGAGGACGCCGGAAGGGACGAGUGCAGUCGCAGCGACGUGCGGCAGACCUUCGCGAGAGAGAAAGAGGACGUCGUCUCCACGUCGCGGGCUGCAGACACCUCGGGCUCGGUGCUCAUGCUGUGGGUUGUCCGCGACGCCGCCAGCAAAGUCGUUCAUCUCUUUGUCAAGGGCGCGCCGGCGUUGCUUCUGCCUCGCGUGAAGUUUUACCUCGACGGCCAGCACUUGCUGCCGUUCGACUCGGGCGCCGCGCACUCGCUGCUUGAGCUGAACAACCAGUGGCUCUCGACGGGUUUGGACGCGGUCGCGUUCGGGUACCGUCCGCUGCAGCUUGAGCAGGAGACGGCGCUGCUGUCGCUGCUCAAGGAGCAGUCGGUGUUCUCGAUUUGCCAGGAGUCUUCGCUUGCACCGGCGCUCUCGCUGGACUUGUCGACCUCUUCGCAGUUGCUCAGAGACGCGAGUUGCGAUCCGGCAAGCGACGAGGCCGCGGAGUCCGCUGCCGCGCGCGACCGCCGCGCCAACGCCGAGGACGCGCGCUCUGAGGCGCUCGGCUCGGGAGCGGCGGUGGAGGCCGGCGAGCGAUGGAUUUCCAUCCGCUGUCACAUCGGCGAGCGGAGUGCGGUCGGCGCACUUGCGCUGCUGCCGCGGCUCGCCGCCUCGUUGUCGCCGCGGCACUCCCACUCGCACGGGGGCCGCGCCUCUCGAGACGCCUGUCUGCGCCCCGCCGUUGGGCGCGCAAGCCCCGGCGCGGGGGGGGGCAGCGCCUCGAUGCGGGCAGCUGCGACGGCGAGGCAGCGUCGAUGGAGGCCUCCGGAGACUGCGAGCAGCGCAGCGAGGCUUCCUCGGAGACGUUUCGCGAUGACGAAGCGCACCUAG